UCGAUGGGGGCUGAGUACCGGAGCCACAGCCAUUGGAUGCGGUUCCCAUCAAUUUCCUCCAGCCUACAGGGUCGCUAAGGGUGCAUCGCCUUUCUUCUCCGCCUACACCAACUCCUCUGCUUUGAGCGCCGUAGGGCUGGCGGCGGUGCUGUAGCACAGCUGACGGUGAGCGGCCGCAGGACUUACGGAGACGGGGGUCGGGAUACGGGGGGUGAGAAGAGAGCGGACAGUCAGCCAGCUUUGACGGAAUCAUGGCCACCGAAACGAUAUCCUCUUGCACCGGCUCCAGUCUACUGCAGCCCAUCAGCGAAAUAAUCAAUCUCCCCCUUGACCAGGUGAACUUCGUGGUCUGCCAGCUGUUUGCGUUGCUCACCGCCUUCUGGUUUCGGCUCUACCUUCACCCCAGCAAGACCAGCCCCUUUGUCAGACACGUGGUGGCCACCUUGCUGGGCUUCUACUUCGCCCUCUUCUGCUUCGGCUGGUAUGCCCUGCACUUCUUGGUCCAGAGUGGAAUUACAUAUGGCAUCAUGAUUUUGGCUGGUGUGGAGCACAUGCACAAGUACUGUUUGGUGGUGGCCCUGGGGUACCUCAGCAUAUGCCAGAUCACCCGGGUCUAUGUCUUUGACUACGGCAUGUACUCUGCAGACUUCACGGGACCCAUGAUGGUCAUCACCCAGAAGAUCACUAGUCUGGCAUUUGAGAUCCACGACGGAAUGGCCAGGAAAGAGGAGCAGCUGUCCCCCAGUCAGAAAAUUCUCGCCGUAAGGCGGAUGCCCAGUCUCCUGGAGUAUCUCAGCUACAACUGUAACUUCAUGGGCAUCCUAGCGGGUCCCACGUGUUCCUACAACGACUACAUCGCCUUCAUAGAAGGCAGGUCCUACCACGCCAAGCACCUGCAGAACAAUGGCAAGGUGAACGGGACGCACAAGCAGAGCGACCCAUCGCCUAAGGUGGACGUGAUCCAGAAGCUGUGCGUCUGCAUGCUCUCGUUGCUGGUCUUCCUGUCCGUUUGCAAAGUGUUCCCCGUGGAGCGCAACAUCGAUGACGACUUCGUCGCCACCACACCCUUCUAUGGCCAGGUGAUCUACCUGUACCUCUCCAUGCUGACCACACGGCCAAAGUACUACUUUGUGUGGACACUGGCUGACGCCAUCAACAAUGCUGCUGGAUUUGGCUUCAAUGGCUACAACAAAGAUGGUUCACCCAGAUGGGACCUCAUAUCGAACCUGAGAAUUAUGGACAUAGAGUUUGCCACCAGCUUCAAGAUGUUCCUUGACAACUGGAACAUCCAGACUGCCCUGUGGCUCAAAAGGGUGUGCUACGAGCGCUGUCCCUUCAAGCCCACCGCCGCCACCUUCCUGCUGUCGGCAAUGUGGCACGGCGCCUACCCAGGGUAUUACCUCACCUUCGUCACAGGGAUUCUCGUCACGCUGGCGGCGAGAGCGGUGAGACACAACGUCAGGCCCUACUUCCUGGGCUCUGCGACGCACAAGCUGGUGUAUGAUGUGAUCACGUGGGCGGGGACUCAGAUCGCCAUAUGCUACACAGUAGUACCAUUUGUGCUGCUUUCGGUGGCUCCAUCACUGAAAUUUUACAGGUCGUGGUACUUCAGCGGUCAUAUCAGCUGCUUGCUGCUGGUAGUGGCCCUGCCCGUGAAGCCAAGGCACCUGCGGACACCCAGCAGUGACCACGCCCAGCUGCCUCCUUCCACUGCGGAUGACAGCAGCCAGGAGAAGAAGACUUCAUGAGGGACUGUGAGCCAGCACCUGGCCUGCUAGGCUGGGGAAUUCUCCAACACUGAGACCACUACAGAGAUUUGUUCUUUUCUCUACUUUUUUUAAUGAAAGACCAUCAGACAAAUGGACAAACAAAUGGGUACGAUGGAUGGGGUGGUGGGGGUUCAUAUUUUGGGUUGAAGAUAGUGCAGCUGACCCUGAGCAUGAGAGCUCUCUGGACCAAACGGCAACUACUGACAGCGAAGCGUGGUGGGGGGAUCACAUGACUCGACUUGUAGUGUCUGAUUGGCUCCACCAGGACGUUGUGUGCAAAACGGCUGCUCUGGUGCCUUAAACCUUCAGUCUGCCCAACAGCUUCGUGUGCAUCUUCCUGGGUAGGGAGUAGCACCAUAUCAAAGCUGUGCAUUUUCUCAUUCUGGCAUCAGGCAACAGAGGAGAGCAGCGAAAACAAAAAAAAGAUUUUAGUGUUUAUGGGUUUUUGGUCCUUGUUAAAACACACCAACUUCUCCCAAAAUGAAAUGCAUACAGAAUUUCUGUUAACAUGGUUAUAACACCAGGAGAAGAGAGGUGAUUGUCAGUUGCCAAUCUCCUUGAAUUUAUUUGCUCUUGCUAUUGUUUGAUUGGUCUCUUGUUUUUUUUCUUUCUUUUCGUAAAAUGAGAGACUCUGCCAUCUUUCAUACUAUAGAAACGACCUAAAUCUUCUGACAGUAACGAUAGGAAAGAGUUUUUGUUCCGGUUAAUCAAAUCAUCUAAUUCAGUUUUGAGUCUCCCUUAUCUGUGCAUCUACUACAUGCAGAGCCAGCCUAAGGCAUAAGUGACCUUAGCAGCGCCUUGGGGCCCCGACAAAAGCAGGGGCCCCGCCUUGGGGAAAAUGAAAUAACCUACUCCUCCCCCAGCAAAUUUCAUCAGCAACACAUCUCCCAUUACCAGCCUGCC